AUGGCAGCCGUUCACGUCUUGGACGAUUACUACUUGGCGAUCACGUUUCUCAUAACAGUCGCAUACCAGCUGUUCUUCUUUUCCAUAGCCUUCAGCUUCAAAUUCGACAAGCUCACCGACUUUGCCGGUGGAACCAAUUUCGCCUUGCUCGCCAUCCUCACGCUGUCUUUCAGCGAAAACAGAGGCGAUGCUCGCAACAUCGUCGUUUCUCUCUUCAUGAUCGUGUGGUCCUUGCGACUAUCUGGUUUUCUACUGUUCCGGAUCCUCAAGACCGGCAAAGAUGAUCGCUUUGACGACAAGCGGGAUAAAUUCUGGUCCUUCCUGGGAUUCUGGGUAUUCCAAAUGAUCUGGGUCUUUACAUGCUCGCUGCCUGUUACUAUUCUGAACUCUCCCAAGGUUACGCAGUUUGCGCAGCCCAGAUUUAGAACUGGAUGCGAUAUUGCGGGAAUCAUCAUGUACUUCAUCGGCUUGAUCAUGGAGAGUAUAUCGGAUGUACAGAAAUACCGCUUUCGAAGUGCUCAUGGCAGCGAUGGCGAGGUUUGCAACGUAGGCUUCUUCGCCUGGACACGCCAUCCAAACUAUUUUGGAGAAAUCCUUAUCCAGUUUUGUGAGUCGACGUCGUGCUUGUGUUUUGCUACCAGCUGGCUGACUCGCCGGUACUUAGCCAUCUUCACCAUUGCCGUUGCGCCCGCCGCGUACGGAUAUGUGUCUGGUGGUGCGUACAGCGCUUUGUACGCAUCCAUCCUAGGCCCCAUCUUGCUUACGUCGCUACUCAUGUUCUUGUCUGGCCUGCCUCUCCAGGAGCGCCCGGGGGCAAAGAAGCGGUAUGAGAAGGGUAUCAAAUGGCCAGAGUAUGAGCGUUAUCUGCGGAGAACCAGCAUCUUGAUUCCUUUCCCCCCUCAGUUGUAUGAGAAGUUGCCGGUGAUCCUGAAGAGGACUGUCUUCCUCGAGUUUCCCAUGUACGUUUUCGACCCGGCGAAGCAUGCGGAUCAGAGUAAAGUGCAAGCGAGGAAUGCAGAAGAGGGCACUGCGAGGCCGAGUGACGAGCAGGGCCUGCGCUCGUAGAGUUUCGGUCUCUUUGUACCAUCAUAUCAUAGGCAUUUCAACAAUGAGUCAAGCUUUUUCUGGUCAGACAGGGAGUUGCUCACAGUCAGCCACACUGAAUCUUGAUGCUGAUUAAAACGCUUAGCGAUACGGCGAGCGAUGCUACCUCGGGAACUAAUCGUCCGUGCGCUCCUGAACCUUUUCAUCAUUGCCCCUGCCAUUCGCCAAUCACAGACCACGCUUUCCGAGGAGUGAGUCUAAGGACUCUAAAAGAUCACUUGCAUCGA